UGGACUGGGUCGACUCCGCCCCCUUGAAGGAUGCAACCUCUGGAGCUAUUCCAGAAACCUCGCUACGGACGGCUCAUCAUGUCCUGACUGGGCCGUGUCAGACUCUUGAGGCCCUGCGGAUUUGUUGGUUGGGGGCCAACGAUACGUCUGACUUAAAUAGACCGGAUGGCAUCUAGAGAUCGGAGACAGACCACAGGAACUAUUGCUAUCUGACUUUUCAUUACUUCUCCGUCUUUACGGACAGUCACUCUUUUUGUCCAAUUGCAAGACCAGUCACUCUUUAAUUCGUUCCAACCUAGUACCCUCUUUUCUCAUACGGCUGAGACCUUGAAUCUUGCCGGCUCAAAAUGAUUAACCCUCUCCAACAUGGAGUGGCUACCGGCCUUCUGGCUUCCCUUCUCAUCCAACAGGGUUUGUCGCUGGAGUUGGCGGCAUUUAACCCCUCUACAAAAAGCGCAACGCAGGCCAAGGUGGCAGUGGCCGGGAGUGCAGCUGAGUCCAUGGACUAUUCUGACAUCGACCUCCGGACGAGCCACUCCUUCUACUGGGGCGCAUCUAGCGGUUCCGGAUAUACCUUGGGUAAUCUGACGCUCACGGACGAGAGCGUUCUGCCUAUGGAGACUUUCAGCGACCUGCUGCAGACCAUUCAGUGUACCAACUCGAGCAUGCACUUGGUAUUCGCCGACUCUGGCGCAUACUCCUAUGCGAAGGAUUCGUGGAGCUGGGUGAACGAGGCCAGUAACAACACGUUUCUCAUGGUGGCCGGUGUCGAUCAGUGUAGCUGGAAUACGCAGCGUGUUCCUUUCGUUAUUACAUCCGCCAAUUUCCGCGACAACUCUACCGCAGCACUGCUAACCGGCACCGCAGCAACGUGGGAUGAUGUCCUCAGAAAUCACGAGCUUACAAUCGGCAAGGCUCCGAGCGACAUGGAGGUAGCACUCUCGAAGAGAUUGAGUUACAGUGGGACCAAGACGGGUUCGAUCAGCAUUGAAAAAACCAUGUCCGACAAAUCCGUGACAUUGCUCUCGCACGACGACCUCACUCUGAGCGCAGAAUGCAAAUCGUGUGGUACCAGCGGAUCAUUUGAUAUCUCGUUCAAGUACAAAGUGGCGACAAAAAGCAGCGGCUUCUUUGGUUCGAUUGGCAGCACUCUCGAGGGUAAAUGGAAAGUUGACACCGCCGAGCUCACCCUUACGCCUAAUGAUGUCGAGGUGGACAUCACCCCCGCCCUGGAGCUGAGCGGAAACUUGACGAAAUCGUAUUCGAAAGAGUAUGACUUUCCUUCCUUGACGCUUGAAGGAAUCAAGAUUCCAGAUGUCUUUACCCUUGACGUGCAGCUGGUGUUCGGAAUCGGAGCCACUGCUGGACCCGUCAAUGGGGACGCGACUAUUUCCUAUCCGAUGAAGAUCUCAAUUUCCGACGAUGCGGAGGCUGUGUUCCAGAUUGUCGACGAGAAAAUUACCAAGAAGGACUGGACCCCGACCAUUACAACUUCGGGCGUCCAGCUGAGUGCUGAGAUUGAUGCCACUCUUGAGGCCUAUGUCAAAGCCUCCCUCGAGCUGGCCUUCUCGGUUGGCAAAUCCUGGGGAUACGAAGCCGGGCUCUACCUCAAGCCUUUCCUAGGCGCCGACUUCACUGCCGAAGCCUCCACGACCGGUACUUGCUCCGACACGUCCAAGAACUACCACUACGCCAUCGAAGUGGCGCCUUCCGCUGGAAUCGAGCUCGGCGCGGAUGUGGCGAAAAUCAGCGACCAAGGGAACCCGAUUGCAGAUGCGACUCUUGCGUCCCUCACCAAGGCGAUGUCGACCACCUGUAUCGGUUUCGAUAGUAUCACGUCCACCAAGACGACCACCUCUGAGAAGACCACGACCACUGAAAGCAAGUCUAGCGAGACGGACAAGACGACCACCAAGGAGAAGACGUCUAGUGAGACCAAGACGACCACCAAGGCCAAGUCCACCACCAAGGCCAAGACUACCAGCAAGGCUAAGACUACCUCUACCAAGUCUCAUCCUAGCAGUGUUUCUGCAUCUGCAACUGCACACUUUUCCACCCACACGCCCUGCACGACUGCGCAGUCGAGCUCCCACAUGGCUGCUAGCUCGUCGGCUCACUAUAGUGCGCACAACCACGCCCGAGGCUUCAGACACCAUGGCCGGUUCUAAGCCCUGAGUGAUCUGGGGCGAUGGCUAACAAUAGCAACAUUUGUGUUUUGAUUUACUUCUCUUCUUCGGUGUAACUACAUGCGGAGAAACUGUACUAUUUCCACCU